AUGAGCAUCUACAACCCAACCACACUCCAAGAGCUGGCAGUACAGAGCCUGCUGCGGAACGAGGCCUCAACCAUCUCUGCUCUGGAGUACCUGCCCAUUAGUCUCUUCCCACUACUUUUCAAGGAAGCCUUCACUGGUAGACACAUGGAGCUAUUGAAGGCAUUGCUGGCUGCCUGGCCAUUUUCUUACCUUCCUGUGGGGGCCUUGAUGAAGACACCAGAUGUGGAGUUGUUGCAAGCUGUUCUAGAUGGUGUAGAUAUUCUGCAGACACAGAAGGUUCGUCCCAGAUGUUGGAGGCCUCAAGUACUUGACUUGAGGAAUGUGAACCAGGAUUUCUGGGAUGUAUGGCCUGGCAGAGACUGGUACUACUCAAUAGAGACAGAAAGUAAUGCACGAGUAUGCAACGAGCUGAGGUGGGAUUUGAAGGUGGUCACUGACCUUAGCCUCAGGUUCCACCUUAAGCAAGACCAAACAUGCUUGUUGAAGUGGGCCCAGCAGAGGAAAGACUGUGUGCAGCUGUGCUGUGUGAAGAUGACGAUUUGUGACUUCCCUCGAGAGAUUCUCAAGGAGGUUUUGGACAUUUUCCUACCAGACAAUAUCCAGGAAUUGGAGCUAUCCACAAACCAGGUUCUGCCCUUCCUGGGUCACAUUGCACCUCACCUAGGCCUUAUGACAGGACUUCGGAAAUGCCGUCUAACUCACAUCUUCUUGAACUCAAACACGGUUGUAAAUAACUUGGCAGAAACAGAGGAGAUGUGUGCUGCCCAGUUUCUCUCUCAGUUCUGCAAACUCAACUCUCUCAAACAUCUAUUCUUGGAUGGCAUCUACUUUCCCCCUGGACUCAUGCAGCUGUUGUUCGGAUGCAUGAAGAACCCUUUGGAGACCUUGACCAUCACUGUCUGCCAUCUCUCCCAGUCAGGCUUUAAACACUUGUCACAGUGUCAGGGACUCUGUCACCUGAAACACCUGAAUCUCAGUGGUGUAGUGAUGUCCAAGUUAGGUAUCAAACAUCUCCGAGUUCUCCUUGAGAAUACAGCAGAGACUUUGAAGUCCCUGGAGUUAGUGAACUGCAGGAUGGAGGACUAUGAGCUCAGUGCCCUCUUGCCUGCUCUGAGUCAAUGCUCACAGCUGACAACAGUGAAUUUCUAUGACAAUGACUUCACCACUGUUGCACUGAAGAAGUUCCUACAGAGUGUGGCAAAUCUAAGAAAAAUGACUGUAGAGUUCUACCCCGCCCCUCUAGAGUGCUAUGACCCCCUGGGUUUGGUCCUUGUGGAGAAAUUUGCUCAAACGUAUGAAACUGAACGCAGCAGUGUAGCCCUGGUCUCCGUUAAAGAUGAUUUUGGAGAAACACAGAAGAUUGCAUCCCAGGAUACUCAGACAGGAGGUGUUGGGCACCCCUUGAACAUUAACCUUGCCUAG